AUGGCCCCGGCUGCUGACAUGACCUCUUUGCCACUCGGUGUCAAAGUGGAGGACUCCGCCUUCGGCCAGCCGGCGGCGGGAGGCGUGGGCCAGGCCCCCAGCGCCGCUGCGGCCGCGGCAGCCGCCAUGGGCGCAGACGAGGAGGGCGCCAAGCCCAAAGUGUCCCCUUCGCUCCUGCCCUUCAGCGUGGAGGCGCUCAUGGCCGACCACAGGAAGCCCGGGGCCAAGGAGAGCUCCCUGGCGGCCGCCGAGGGCGCGCAGGCGGCGGGCGGCUCGGCGCAGCCCCUGGGCGCCCGGCCUGGGUCGCUGGGCGCCCCGGACGCGCCCUCCUCGCCGCGGCCGCUCGGCCAUUUCUCGGUGGGAGGACUCCUCAAGCUGCCGGAAGAUGCGCUCGUCAAAGCCGAGAGCCCCGAGAAGCCCGAAAGGACCCCGUGGAUGCAGAGCCCCCGCUUCUCCCCGCCCCCGGCGAGGCGGCUGAGCCCCCCGGCCUGCACCCUGCGCAAGCACAAGACCAAUCGAAAGCCGCGGACGCCCUUUACCACCGCGCAGCUGCUGGCGCUCGAGCGCAAGUUCCGCCAGAAGCAGUACCUGUCCAUCGCCGAGCGCGCCGAGUUCUCCAGCUCGCUCAGCCUCACCGAGACGCAGGUGAAGAUCUGGUUCCAGAACCGCCGCGCCAAGGCCAAGAGACUGCAGGAGGCAGAGCUGGAAAAGCUGAAGAUGGCUGCCAAGCCCAUGCUGCCCCCGGCUGCCUUCGGCCUUUCUUUUCCUCUCGGUGGCCCCGCAGCUGUAGCGGCCGCGGCGGGCGCCUCGCUCUACGGUGCCUCUGGCCCUUUCCAGCGCGCCACACUGCCCGUGGCGCCCGUGGGACUCUACACGGCCCAUGUAGGCUACAGCAUGUACCACCUGACAUAG